GUUCCUUCUCAGCUUUGGGACUUUGUUUUUACAGUGAAACUGCGGGGAGGAAAUUCCACGGCAACACUCGUAAUUAGACACACGGUGUCUCGUGUUAUCUGAUUACUCUGCCAAGCAUACGGCGUGCACGGUCGACCCAGAAAAGCCAGCCCGUCGGUCAGCACGAUGGCUAAUCAGCAGAAGAGGAGUGCAACUUUUUUUACUAUCGGAUUGAUAUUUCUGCUGAACGGCAUCGAGUACGCUGUCAUUCUGCCUACGAUCUGGAGGUAUCUGCAGAUUCUGGAGGCCCCUCCGUACUUCCUGGGUCUGGGUCUAUCGGCCUUCAGUCUGACUGGGCUGCUGACAGGUCCGAUUUUUGGACUGUGGUCAGACCGCAUCAAAACUACAAAGACCAUAAUCCUUUUCUCCAAUCUGUUUGAGAUAGCAGGUAACCUCAUGUAUUUUAUUGGAUAUUCAAAGUGGCUAUUGUUGUGCAGUCGGCUUGUAGCAGGGGUCGGUGCAGGAGCAGGUUCCUCCAUCUUUGGUUUCCUGACACGGAGUACCAGUCCAGAAGAGCGUGCCGGUGUCUUUGCUGCCAUCAUGGCCUGUCGACAAGCAGGCCUCCUCAUUGGGCCGGCCUUCAAUCUGUUCCUGCGGCUGUGCGACUUCAAACUGGGGCCCUUUGUAGUCAACAAGUAUACGUCUCCUGGGAUCUUCAUGUGCCUGUUGUGGGUGCUGCUCCAGUUUGUUGUUCUGGUUCUGUACUGGGACAUUCCACCUGAUGCCUCAGCACAAGUGGGCACCGCGCUGAUGGAGAUGAAGGAGGAGGAGGAGGAGCCCUUGGUGGCCGGUGAGGAGGAGUCGGUGCACUCUUACAGUGCUGUCAUCUCUGAACUAGCAGAGACCUCGGCCUCCUCGGAAUCUGGUGCCUCGAUGGACUCAGAUCCCUUCAGGAACUUCAGCGUGAGCAGAGAGUUCCUGAGAGAGGAAGUGCUGGUUCUCCUCACGGCUCAGUUCAUCACUCUCUUCAAUCAAACAGCGCUGGAGACCAUGGUCACACCUCUGACGCAGCGCUAUUUCAACUUUGGCGAGCUGGGCAACAGCCUGAUGUAUGGCCUGUGUGGGGUGGAGGUCAUCCUGGGCUUCUUUUUCAUGCGCUGGCUGAGCAUAAAGGUGGAAGAUCGCGCCAUGCUGGCUGCCGGCCUGCUCAUCUGCUGCACUGCCUGUAUCUGGUGCCUCGCCUUCCUAUGCAAACCACAAGGUGGUUAUGUUUGGGAACUGUCAGUCUUCAUCAUCGGAGUGUUCCUGCAGCUGCUGGGGCUUCCCUCCGUGGCUGUGUCUCAAGUGUCUCUGUUCUCCAAAGUCACAGCAGAGAAGACACAAGGUUUCAGCCAAGGUGUUAGACGUUCAGUUGGGGGCCUUGCCACUAUUUUGGGUCCUUUGUGGGCUGGAGGACUGACCAACAAUUUAUACAUCAUGCUUGGCAUGAUGCUGGCUCUCCUCACGGUGAUCACAGUUAUGACGGUAUUGUCCUACGAGCGUCUGGCUGAGCCCAGGGCGGUGCAGUGCGCCCACAGCUCUGACAGUGGAGGAUAGAGCUGCGCCAACAGAGCAGCUCCAUGGCUGACA